AUGGGGGCUUCGGAUCAGCCUUUCAUUUACGAUCCGUCUACUGGCCGCAACUCCGUCGUCUACCCAUACUCCAACUUCAAUCCUCGGGCUGCUACAGAGGCCCAUUAUGCGGCAUUUGCUGAACGCGCUGAGCGUAACAAGCGCAGAUCGCAGCAGGAAGGAUCACCUCUUAUCGAUUUCAACGCGCAUCCGGACAGCUACAUGAUUGUCCCGGCACAGACAGUCGACCACAAACCUUUGCCUGCCCGCGCUAAAACGCACAUUGUGUGGACAAGAUGGGUUCAGCUUGCGCUACGGGUAGUGGAGGAAGUAGGAGCAUUAGGUAUCCUCGUCUGUGUUAUCUGCUUGAAAAUGAGGAGCGACGCACCAGGGUAUAUGAUUCGCAUUGCUCCCGCAUGGGACUCGCUUAUCACGAUGUACGCCAUCUAUCAUCUCAUCCGCCCAGCGAAGGGACGAACUCCUGGAACUAGCGCCAGCUACCAUUUCUUCGCUCUGUUCACAGACACCAGUCUCGUCCCAUUCUAUGUUCUCAUCUGCUUAUAUGCGAAUCAGAACUGGAUUCCACAAGAGGGCGAAGACAAUCGCUGGACAAGUUUCUUCAAGACCGAAUUCGCCACAACUACCAUCAUCCAUGUCACAUUCUAUGCGAGCAUAGCCGUUGGAGCGCUGCACCUGAUCAGCAUUGGUUUGGAUUUGUACUUGAUCCACAUGUUCCGGAAGAUCGCUCGACUCCCUCCAGAUAUGAACCCUCUGGAGAACAAUCUUACUGGUAGCAGCCGUCGCUCAAGAUCGUCGAUGAAGCACAAGCACAAGAAUUCCGAAAUGACAAUAUCCUCACUAUCCAGUGAAGACUUUACGGAGAAGAAGAUGGGCUACCUUAGCGGAAGCACACUCUCCGGAGGUGAUUCAUACCUUGCAAACAAAAAGGGAUCCGAGGCAAGAGUCGUACCGUUCGGUCACAGUAGAAGAGACUCCGACAACAGCCAUUCUCCGCAGAAUCCGAGAUCAAGCUGGAGAGAGCAACCACAGUACGAGCAAAUCAACUUCUAUCAAGGUCCGCGCUCAGCUCGCAGUUCUCGUCAGGACGUCGGGCCGGGGCACCGCUCUCGUGCGGGAUCUGUUGUUGAUGAUAGAUACGCGUCCAACGUUCGUUAUGAUGCAAUUCGGGGAAGCCCCGACCGCCACGCGGUUGUGUCUUCUCAAGCAGCGAACAAACCACAGCAGAAGAACGGAUUGCUAAACGACAACUGGUAUGUCAUGGAUGAAGAGCCAUCAGAUCUCGGAACGUCUAGAGGCGUUCCUCAGCACCAGACUGAGCCGACGCUUCCGAAUGUGGAUCUGGAUCUUACGCGAUACGACUCAUUCCAACCAAAGGCUCUCAGACCACUGAAAAUGAACCCACCUACUCCUCCCCCUCAUGAUGAGUAUCCGGACCCAGACGAGCAGCAUCCUAAGCAGUUCAAUGGCAAGCAGCAGGGCCAGUAUGAGCCCAUCGAGACAGGUGUUGCACGCACGAUGACCGUCGCCUCCCACGCGACUGCAGCCUCGUCAGUCUACUCAGAAAGUGCGCCAAGUCUUGCAUCAGGCAGGCUGAUGAACGGAGCCCCUCGAGGCAGGCACUAUGGAGAUCUCGCAUCCGCGACAAGAGGAGUCCGUGGAGCUGUCGRGCAAGGUGCCGCAAGGCCUGCGCCGAACCGGCCUCUUCCAGGGACGAAUGCAUGGGGAGUUCCCACCCCCGUGUCGUCGCGCACCCCGAGCCCCCAGAAGAAUAGUAGCCGAGUCAUCAGCCGGAGCGGAGUUGACAUUGCUGACGCAGGUCAUUUUGCUCAAGAGAAGGGGUACGGGAUGAGUCGUCGCGAGGUCAGCGGCAAGGUCGCCGAGGAAGGAAGGAGUCAAUGGUGA